AGGCACGGAAUGGCGAACGUGUGACUUUUACUAUUGCUCAUUGUCUAGAUCCCCCCCCCCUCUUUCAUAGACGUGCGUGUGCGUGAAUUACUCAGCGCGUUCUUCUUGCCUGCCCUUAAUCGCGCUCUCCUUUCAUCAAUGCAGUCAACUCCUUCGCCGCUGUCCACGUCAAAGGUGACGGCGCAGCGCAGUGUAGCACAGCGCAAAUUCACUACACCUGUCAAGCGAAGCGGCAUCACACGACUCUCCACGCCUCACGUUACGCAACCGAUACCUGCGGCUUAUACGCUCAUGGAGAAUGCCACCUCACCUACACCACCACCGUCAGUUUCCGCGGCUGACUCUGUCGGAGGGCUUCGCUCCAUAGCAACGAGAGACACCCUCUCCACCGCACUUGUCUCUUCAUUUCCCGCUGCACCAGGAAAAGAAGAGGAGCUGCGCAGCGGUCCAUUGCAAAUACGCGAAAACAGCAACGGUGUGGGCAACAGCGAAGGCGGCGUCGCUGCCCUGUCACACCCCUCAGACGGUUCCCUCUGGAGGCACCGCGUUGCCGCCGUGUGUCAGCGCCUGGAGCAAACAAUGCAGGAGACGGAGCUCACUCUGAUGCACGUCGCACCCAUCAACGAGACCGCCUUCUUUUCCAAGAGCCACCAUCCCAUUCUAGAGGAAGACUCGCGCGGCCGCUGCGUACCCACGCCGAAACAGACGCUGGAGGCGGUGCAGCGGUACCGUAGUGGGUGCAUGUCGGCGCUGACGGAGCUGCACGCCAUUCAGCGCCACGUCUCAGCCCCCUCCACACGCACACACUCUGCCGAAGUGCCACAGCUGCAGCGAAACUACCGUCUCUUAGAAGCACGUCUGUCCGAGGCGCUUGGAGUGCAGGCGGCGUACAUGAAGGAGGUGGCUACGCAGCAGCGUCAGCGCGAGCGAGAUGGCGUCGUAGGCGAAUACAUGUGGACGACGCGUCUGCUCGUGGAGCAGGAAGCUGCGGAGCGGGUGCACCUGGGGAAGCUCUACGACUACGUCACCUCGACAGCCCCUCUGCAAUUACAAAACAACCAUCGUGACAGAGGUGACAAAGAGCUGCGAAAGGACAGCACAUCCGCAAACCCUCCUCCGACUUCGUCAGGAUUCCGCACGCCAACACGCACGCGACGACCGCCGCAAGGCGAUGGGGCAGUGCUACGCCUCACGGCAGAAAAGGAGGCGCUUCUACUCGAACUGCAGCAACAGAGCAGCCGCACCGAAACCCUGUUGCAGGCCCAGAUGCGUGAUCUGCAGGCAGCGCAUGCGCGUGCCUUAGCCCAAAUGGUGGCCCGCCACGAGGCCGAGAGGAGUGUCUGGGAGACACGAUCCCACGAGACGGAGAAGCUAGUACAAGAACUGCAGCAGGAAUGUGCAUGCCAGCAAGGUGAGCUCCGUCGCUGUCACGACCAGCGUCGUGAAGCGCAGCAGUACGCCACCAUCACCCAUGAUGGACUACAACAACAGCUGAAGGACACAACAAAGAAGAUGUGGCAGCUGCAGCUGGCCAACGACCACCUCGACGCCAAGGCGAGGGUGCUGCAGCGGGAGUUGGAGGAACUGCGAGUGGGUCGGUCACCAAUCCAGGCGCGACCAACAACGCCGUCACGCCCACCACCAUCAGAGUCUUUAGCAUCGCUAUCCGAAAACGAUGCACUCCACCGAAAGGAGGAGCGUCCGCGUGCGACGAAGCCGACACCAGCAGCAUGCUUGAUCGGCGUGCCGGCGGCGGCGCGUAUGACACAGGCAACGAAGACAGCUACGUCGGUGCCUCGCAUAUCGCGCCUACCAGACCCGCCGUUGCGUCGUACGACGGACGAUGUUCGUCACGGUGAUCCGCUGCGCCGCAGUAACCACGAAGACGGGAAUAGGAAGGCCGCGCGAGACAAUACGAUGGCAGAGGAGGCGGAGGAGGGGACGGUGGACCCUUCUGUGUGGCUCGCCUACGAUGCGCGCAGCCUCGUCUCCGGCACCACGCCAACCAGAAGCGACGGGCGGCGCUACGCGUGGGGUGAAGUCCGUCGCGCUUCACUUCCGUCUUUCCCGGUGUCAAACAUCCCUUUCGCCCAGCGAUCUUCCGCCGUUGGCGACGCCGCAGAGGCGGAUUUUUCUUACAUGAGCGAGGACCCCACCGGGUACGCGUCCACCGAGGUGCACUCGCACAUGAGCGCAAUGACGGCAGCAGCAGCAGCAGCAGCAACGGGCGACGAGAGUCAAGGGAGCGGCGUUCGCUAUUCUCCUCUGCCUCUGUCGCAUACGGCUUCCGCGCAGCGGCAGCUCUCGCUGGAGCGCACGCCCGUUGUCGUGCCACCGCAGCGCGUCCCCCACAGCUCUCACGACGAAUCCUUCAUCAACACCGCAACACACGACGUGGAGGUGGACACGGACGAUGACGACAACGAACCAAUCUCUUCCUACGAGGAAGAAGAAAAUGAAGGAGAAGAGGGAAGAGUAUCACCUCCUAGACAGGCGUCACACCCCGCGCAGAAGCUUCGCAGGCAGCAGCCCCCACAGUUCUCGUCCUCCGGUGAAGCGGACAUUGAAGAAAGAGGAGGAGGAAGAGGAGUACCGUUUACGCGCUCUCGGUCGUCGCCGCACAUGGCGCCGCUCGCAGCAUCCACUCCGCCCAGCUCACGCAGUCGCGCCAAUUCUGACGUGGGAGAGGGGGGAGAGGCGGACGACGUGUGUCCCCCACUGACAGCGCCGCACGGCGCGGUGGGGAACACCUCCCAGGGCGGCCGCAGCUCCAAAGGCAGCGAGACGGCAGCGGAAGAGGAAGACAGCAGCACCGUCCUGCCGCCAUCGUCCUCGCGGGCAUGGCUAGAAAACGCCCGCCGCGAAGUUCUUCAGCACAUGGCGGCGCUCGAGAGCGAGGUGCAGGAGGUCACCGCCCGGCACGACGCGGCACAGCGGCAGCGCAGGCGGGAGCGGGACAUCAUCCGUGUCAACGCAACGUCCUUGCACACCAGCCCGGUCGCAAAGAAGCACGGCGGAGACGAGGAAGACGGCAGCGGUAAUGCGAGCGAUGUGGAUUGCGCUCUUGAGCAGCUGCAUAUCGCACAGCAAGAGGACGACGACGAACUCGCGCAGUACUAUGCUGAGGUGAACCACAAAAGAGGAGAGCUGGAGCGGUGUCUGCGAGUGGUGGGAGAAAGACUGGCGCCGCACUGA